AUGAUACCAUUACAAACAGGUCAUCGGGGGUAUAACAACGCGAAGGACGGAACCUUGAACGCACCAUUACAGUUACAUACAGGUCGGGUGUAUCAUGUGCCACCUCCAAUGAAACCCGAUAUUUGGAAUGUCGUUACAACUUACCUCUUCCUCCUUCAUUUCUUCCUCUGCUCCAUGGCUUCAUAUAUAAAUCUCCAUUGCCUGAUUCGUUCCUCACAAACUCAACGGCUCUUUUCUCAUUGGUCUCUCAGGAGAAAGCAGCAAUACCUGCAGAAAACAAAACAAGAAGAAGCCAUGCUUGUGCAGAAUCCCUUCUUGUGUUAUAAUCUCACUGUGAAAAACCCCAAUGCCGUCUGGAAAACCAGUGAUAUCUAUGGAUCGGAGCUUCCUAUUCUCGCCCUUCAAACUUUUUGGACCAUAUUCGUCACUCGUCUUUUCAUCCUCAUCACUCGACCCUUGCACAUCCCUCGUCUUGUUGCUGAAGUUCUUGCCGGUUUCAUACUAAGUGCAGAUAUGCUGGGUGAAAUACCGAUAAUAUUCCUCCUUCUUUUUCCUAUACGGGGAAUCCUGAAUAUUGAAGUCUUCAGCAGUAUAGGUAUAAUCUUCUACGCCUUCUUAACUGGCUUGCAGAUGAACUUAGACAACGUCCUACGAGCACCAAAGAAGGCCAUUAGUGUUGCAAUGACUGGUAUAAUCAUUCCAAUGGCAUUAGGAGUGAUCAUAUAUGCUCUGCAUCGAAAAACUUACGACAUUCAGACUAAUGAAAUCAUUGAAAGUGAUCCUGUCAAAGCUUGCUUGUUAUGGUCUCUGUGUCUUACGGUCACAGGUUUUCCAAUACUUGCUGAAAUCCUUGCCAGCCUCAAGCUCCUUUAUACCGAGCUAGGCAGAUCAGCUUUAGAUGCAGCCAUAGUCAGCGACUCCUGUUCUUGGCUUCUGUUUAUGUUAAUGAUUCCAUUUACCCUUGACGAUGGACCUGGAGCAAUCUACACUGUGAUGAGUACCAUGGCAUUCAUUGCUUUCUGCAUCUUUGUGGUUCGUCCUAUUAUCACGCCAAUUAUUGAUGGAAAGACAGAUCGAGAAGAAUGGAAUGAUCAUAGGCUGCUAUAUGUGCUUAUGGGAACUAUAAUAUGUGCAUAUAUUACAGACGUCCUUGGCUCUGGCAUUGUUGGGGCUUUUGUGUUUGGGUUGAUUCUGCCUCAUGGGAGAUUCACAAGUGUGAUGAUGUCAGCAGCUGAUGAUUUUGCUUCUGGUGUUCUAGCACCAUUGGUUUUUGCAGGCUCUGGUAUGAGAAUGGACUUGGUAAAGGCUCUAUCUCACAGAAAUUGGGCCUUUUCAAUGCUCAUUAUCGUCUUAUUAUGCAUCCCAAAGAUUCUCAGCACUUUGGUGGCUACUUUUGCUUAUGGUAUCCCUAUUCGAGAUGGUCUGGGACUUGGAGUGCUUAUGAACACCAAGGGUGUCGUCGCUUUGAUCAUGCUUAAUAUGGGGUGGGAUAGACAGAUUUUGACGGUCUCAUCCUACUCAAUUCUAGUCACUGCUCUUAUUAUAAUGACUAUAUCAUCUUCAGUUAUCACCAACGUCGCUUACAAACCAAGAAAGCGAUUUAAGAUAAACAAGAUGAGAACUAUACAGAAUUCAAGACUUGAUGCGGAACUCCGGAUUUUGGCUUGUGUGCAUAACAAUCGCCAUGCCAGCAGCAUGGUAAAGAUUAUUGAAUGCUUCCAUGCCUCCAGAUUUUCCCCCGUCUAUGUGGGUGCACUUUACCUUGUUGAACUUACAAGUCGUGGUGCUUUCGUGCUCCUUGACCACAUGAGCCAACAUCUUUCACACCCAGGAACACAACAUCAUAGUCAAUCACAAGCUGAGCUAGAAGUUAUUACCAACACCUUCAAAGUAUUAGCCGAGUUAAAUGAUGCCAUUCGUGUGGAAACAUUCAAUGUUUUGUCUAGCUAUAGUACCAUCCACGAGGACAUAUACAACACAGCAAAUGAAAAACACACACCAACCUCAUCCUCCUCCCUUUUCACAAGCAAGUCAACACAGAAGGCUAUCUAG